AGUGGGAGGGUAGAAGCUUCCAGAAACGGACUGGGCGGCGUGGAAAGUACCGGAAGGUCUUUUGUUUUAAUAUCAGCUGACUGACUAACAGAAACACUUACAGGAUUUAAUAUACGUGUCUGAAAACGUUCAGUGUUGUCUGUUUGGAUAUUUGAAAGGAUAAAAUAAUUUUUGGUGUGGACUAAAGUGCUUGGAAAGACAAGGCUGGAAAAUGGAUGAGUAUGUGACAGUGAUCACCAACCCCAUGGUGUCUGUGCGUUUGACCAGCACCCUCAGCUCCUUCGAAGCGGAACGGAGGUUUAACCGAGGGAUCACCAUCGCAGAGUUCAAGAGCAAGCUGGAGCUUGUCAUUGGCUGCCCCGCAGCCUCUAUGGACCUUCAGUUGUUCAGUUGUACAGACAAGUUCUUGCAGAAUCUUGAUGAUAAUGAAGCUCUGUUAGGUUCCUACCCUGUAGAUAACGACUGCAGAAUACAUGUCAUUGACCGCAGCGGUUCACUGACUGGAGCGUUCAGUGAUUCGUCAGCGGUGGAGAAGUAUGAGAUUUCUGAAGAGGCAUAUGAGAAGAGAGCAGAGUCGGUGCGAAGCUUCAAAAAGAACAUGAAGAUGGGUCGCUUCAAUGAAGAGAACAUGGCCAAGCAUGAAGAGGCACUCUUACAGAAAGUGGAAGAGGAGAAAGCUGCAUUAGCCUUGAUCACGGUCGGCAAGCGGUGUCAAGUUCAAGUGGCUGGUCAGUCAACAAAGAUUGGCACAGUUAUGUUUGUGGGUACGACAGACUUCAAACCAGGCCACUGGGUGGGUGUGAAAUAUGAUGAGCCACUUGGAAAAAAUGAUGGCAGUGUGAAUGGCAAGCGGUACUUUGAGUGUGAGCCAAAGUAUGGUGCGUUCGUGAAGCCUCUGUCCGUGACUGUAGGAGAUUUUCCAGAGGAGGAUUACGGUCUGGAUGAGAUAUAGGCUCCACCUGGCAUGGUAUCACAAGGUAUCAGGCAGGGGGAAACAUCCAUCUGGAAGGACAAAGCAGGACAAGUCCGUCCACUGCCAUAGGCCUUGAUUACAAGGGGUUUUCCUGUUGUUCUAGCUAAUCAUAUUUUAGUUUCAUGCUUGUUCUGAAAAGACCUAAAAAUGGCCUUUACAAAACACUGUUUACGGAAAUUUAACAGCAUCUCCUCACAUAAACAAUAACAACAAUAAAAAAUUUAAUUGCAUCUCUAUGACCACUGCCAUUGCUUUGCUCAUAAUGUGUGGGAAAGGAGUACACGCCAAAUUCGCUGGCUGACAUAUCAGCUGAGACAGAGUUAACAGAUUGAUUUUUUUUUUUCUUGCCGAGCGUUUUGCCGCAGUUUGUGAAUAUUUCACAUCUCCUUUUCUCACCAAACUUCAGUUUUUUUUCUUUCCUCUAUCUCUAUAGUUGUUUUUAAUGAAUGGCACAAUGUGUGUAUAGAGAUAGCAUAACACAAUUAUUUGGGAGGUUGUCCUGUUUUCACUAAUAUGUAUCAAUGUUUUUGUAAUCUAAUAGCCAUAUUCCUUAUUAUCACUUACAUCUUUUCAGCGUCCUUAUUGCUCCAAUGCGUCCUUAUUCUGUGAUUACAGAGUAAAUGCCCUGGUUGGCUAUUUAUAAUAAUAAAAUACCAGGCACUCUGCUCUAGACAACAACCACAAGAAUAUUAUAGUAUCUGUCAAAAAUACGCAUCUUACCAUUUGAAUUUACUGAGAGCAAUGAACUGUACAACAUAAAUACAACAUGCACAAACGCAUUCAGUUUUUAAAAUAAACUUGCGCAUGAAACAGAUUUAGUAUUAGCAUGGAUUGGGAAAGUCAUAUGUUUGCAGUGGUUCUCAAUUCCAGUCUGAGAGUCCAUAAUGUCAGGACAUUUUAAUGUCCCUGCUCUAACCCUGUGAUAACGGGUUUGAUAUUUAGCUGAGUAAAAGUGUUAAAAACAAAGGAAUCGCAGAAAUAUCCAAGGCUUAAUUUCCCCAGGUCUGUGUGGGCGAUAUGUUGGUAUUCUGCUAAAUGCUUAAUGAGCAUGUUGUGUGCAUCAUCAGCAUUGUUCUAGUACUGACCAACUGCAUGUUACUUCUAAGAGAUUUAGUUGAAUGAGAGAGCGACAAAAUGAGAAGUCUUUCUUUUAGUUAGCACUUUAAAAAUGUUAAAGAUGUUUUUCUAGAAGCUUUAUUUGUAAAUUUAUUCUUAUUAGCAGACAAGAAAAGAUCAGAACAUCUAAACAUUGUGAUCUACAAUCUUAAAAACCAUCAUGACCAGGGCUGUGUGAUUGGUUAAAAUAAGGAUUGUUAUUAAUUUUAAGAAAAAAAGAGAUUUGUUGCACUUUUAUCAUUUUCUUUCAACCAUUGAGUCUGAAUGAGCCUGCCCUUUGGGCAUGUUUACUACUUAAAACAUCUGCUUGUGAAACUUGCACCUCACUUCAUUCAUUCAUUUUCAGGAACUGCUUUAUCUUGGUCAGAGUCAGUGUGGAUCCAGAGCCUGUCCAAGGAACACUGGGUGUGGGGUAGGAAUACACUCUAGUAGGAUGCCAGUUCAUCGCACAGCACUACACACACAUACAGUACAUUCACAUAGAGGGAAACUUUUGGCCCACCUUCAUCAUAACCCUCCCCCAUAUCAGCCACCCCAUGUCUUGGACUGGAUUAGAGAACCAAUUACCUUUGGUCCACCAUGUGAUGUUGCAGUGUAUACUGCAGACUUAAUACCACACAAAACAUGGUUCACUGAAUAAUAAUGAGUAGUGACAUGACCACAAUGCGAAGACAGGAAGUCAUUUCAGGAACCUGCACUUGUUGAUUUGGAGUUUAUGUUCAAGUCUUGACAAUGUGAUAAAUGAAUGGUUUUUUUUUUAUAUACAUAAUUCUCAGUGUAUAUCCUGUAUUUUUUUGACUUCAGUACGAUUUGUUUCUGCAGUAACACAAUAAACGUUGUUAUGAACGGGCAA